AUGGAUGCGCGAGGUGAACGAGGGAACGCGCACGACGGCUAUCACGACAUCCAGAAGACGAACAAAGCGUUUGAGACGUACUACAAAGCCCAGAAUAUCGUCCCGGAGAGCGAGUGGGAGACGUUUUUGGACUGCAUGCGGUCGCCGUUGCCGAUGACGUUUAGAAUCAAUGGAAGUGGAAAGUUCGCGACGGAUAUGCGAGACCAAUUGGAGGGGACACUGUUCGCGGAAUUGCUCAAAGAGGAAUUGAAAGAUGAGGAACAAAAUGAAUUACCGCCGCCGAAGCCGUUGGCGUGGUAUCCCGAGCGAUUGGCGUGGCAGUGUAGUUAUACGCGAGCGCAGUUGCGACGGUUGCCGGCGCUGCAAGGAAUUUUCGACUUCAUCAAGAACGCUAACGAGCUCGGGUCGAUCUCUAGGCAAGAGGCAGUAUCGAUGAUUCCUCCGUUUUUCUUGGAUGCGCAACCGCAUCAUCGAAUUUUGGACAUGUGCGCGUCGCCGGGAAGCAAGACGUUUCAGAUUUUGGAACGCAUGCACGGUGAUUUUGACGGCAACACCAAGCUUCCCACCGGAAUCGUCGUCGCCAAUGACGUCGAUUUGAAGCGUUGCAACUUACUGACGCAUCAAACGAAGCGAGCGAACUCACCGACGUUACUCGUGACCAAUCAUGAAGCGCAAAACUAUCCCAUCAUCAAAGGCCCAAAGGGUGAACUCUUCGACUUUGACGCCAUCCUGUGCGACGUACCGUGCUCGGGCGACGCGACGAUGCGCAAGGCACCGGAUAUCUGGAACAGAUGGACUCCUGGUAAUGGUAACGGUUUGCAUACCUUACAGCUUAGAAUCGCUGCUCGCGGUGCUCAGCUCCUCAAGGUGGGCGGUCGUCUCGUGUACAGCACGUGCUCGCUGAAUCCGAUUGAAAACGAAGCUGUCGUGGCGGCGUUGUUGAAGGAAUGCGAUGGUGCUUUGGAGCUUCUCGAUGUGAGUGACGAAUUGCCAGACUUGAAGCGUAGCCCUGGAUUGCGCGAUUGGCAAGUGUGGGAUAAGUUUGGCUAUCACCCAAGCUUUCGAGGCGAGGAGCAAAUGUUCAAGCUCUGCGAGACGAUGUUCUCCGACGAAGAGACGAAGAAACUGCCGUUGGAGCGAUGUCUGCGACUUUUGCCUCAUCAUCAAGACACUGGUGGAUUCUUUGUCGCCGUAUUCCAGAAAGUUAAGCCCAUGGAGAUCAAAGAAGACGUGAACGCAAAGAAGCAAACUGUGAAGGAGCGUGUUCGCCUUUCGCUCAACGUGAACGCGAAGAACGAGAUCGAGAUGUCACAUGAGGUGAUCACGUUGGCCCGCAAGGGUCAGACUGCGUCUAUACCUCCGGAAGUCGACGACAAAGGCGAGUAUUUGCUCCCACACAGAGGCGCGACGGGUCCGAACGGGGGCAGUCGAUGGCUCGGCAUCGAUCCUGUGCUUCCGGUGAACGAUCCGAAGGUGAUCAAUAGCAUCUACAGUGUCUACGGUAUCGAAAGCGAUGACAUUGCGUUACACAAAAAUUGUGUCACACGCACUGCGGACACUUCACGACCGAAGCGUGUGUACACCAUCACCGACUCCUUGCGCCAGUACUUAGCGUGCGACGUCAACGAAAGUCUUCGCGUGACGUCGUGCGGGCUCAAGGCGUUCGAGCGCCAGGAAAUCAAGGAUGAAGUCAAAGAACAAGAAGAAACUUCUGGUGCGAUGUGUGAUUUCCGUCUCACGCAAGACGGAAUACCGAUGAUGUUCCCGUUCGUGAGAAAGCGCAUCAUUCGCCCGACUUUUGACGACUUUAAAGCCAUCCUUGAACGUCGCACGUUGGCGUUUGAGUACAGCGCAGAGGCGCCGCAACGCGCCGUCAUCUCUUGCGCCGAAACCAAAAAAGCCUUGCUCGAUCUCACUUUGGGAUGCUGCAUUCUCGUUCCUCGCGAUGAAGAUCUGGCCGCCAUCAACGUCAGCAAGGCGGACCUCGCCAUCGCGUGCUGGCGCGGUCGCACGUCAUGCAACUUGUUGGUCUCCAAAGCCGAAACAAUUCACUUCAUCGAUAAAAUCAAAGUCAACGCGGCGGUGAAGAUGGACACGUCGUGA